AUGCGGCCGUCACUAAUUCUACGAGGGGGAGGUGGAAAGAUUCCCUACCCAAAACACGUCUGGUCCCMGGCCGGUGGUUGGUACUCGCAACCUGCCAAUUGGAAGACCAACACUGCAAUCAUGGGCGGUGUAGUAUUUGGAAUCGCUGCAAUGACCUGGAACUUGAGUGCCGAGCGGGAAUUCAGGAACGAGAUGCCCAGGGCCGACCGAUUCUUUCCAUCACGAUACUGGAGCAAGCAGAUUAUUGAGCACGAGAAGGCCGAGAAAGCCAAGGCAGGAGAGCUAUGA